AUGGCUGGUCUGGGAGAAGCUUGCUCAAAUGUUGCGUCACUAUUAUUCUAUGUAGAUGCAUUUCAUCGUACAAAAGAAGCAACAACAUGUACCCAAGAACAGUGCAAAUGGCUGUUGCCUAAAGCGGUUAAAGAAGUGCCUUACCUACCUGUUGCUGAAAUAGAUUUCAAAGGGGCAGUAAGAAAGAUGCAAGAUUUUAAUUUUGGCAGUAAAAGUAAGGAAGAAAGUCAUGGGCCAGUUAAAAAGAAGAAAAUGGAAAAUGCUUGCUCUACUGGUCAAGAUACGAAGCAAAAGGAAUUCCUUAACAAGAUUAGUUUGUGUGGUACUAGACCAGCUAUUUUGUCAAUAGCAGAGCCUUUUAAUGAAGGUUUUGUUCCCUUUGGAGCCAUCAGCAACCUGUAUCUACCAGAAUUGUAUUCUCCUUCAAAUUCAGGGUGCUCUUUUGAUAUUAUUCAAAGGAAAUGUGCUGAAGUUGUGCUGCCAGUAUUGUCAGAGGAACAACUUCAGAGAAUCCAAAAAGAGACAGCAAAGCAGUCAAAGUCAAAGCUUUGGUUUAGGCUCCGGUCUUGUAGAAUCACUGCUUCAAGACUCAAACAAGCUUGUAGUACUGAUGUCUGCAACCCAAGCAAGAGCCUGAUAAAAUCCAUAUGUUACCCAACAGAGUGCAUAUUUACAAGUGACGCUGUAGCUUGGGGUUUGGAAAUGGAGAGCAUUGCUGUAGCUGCUUAUGUAAAAGCCAUGGAAGCAGAACACAAAAAUUUUCAGUUUUUCAAGGCAGGAUUGAUUUUAAACAAUAAAUGGCCAUUUUUAGGAGCCUCCCCAGAUGGUUUGAUAUGUUGCGAAUGCUGUGGGGAAGGUGUUCUUGAGGUCAAAUGUCCUUACAGCUGCAGAGAAAUUUCACUGAAUGAAUAUGCUUGCAAAGCCGAUUCCAUGCUAGUGCCUUUAUGCCGCUCAUUUGCACUCAAGCAUGGGCAUCAAUAUUAUUUUCAAGUUCAAUGCCAACUAGCAAUGUCUGGGGCAAAGUAUGCGCAUUUUGUAGUAUGGACACCAAAGGAAACACAUACUGAGACAAUCUAUCCAAACCAGUCUUUCUUUGAUGUUAAUGUUAGUAAAGCAAAAAAGUUCUUUCAGCUCUGUGUCCUACCAGAACUACUUGGAAAAUACUAUACAAAACAAUGA